GAGCUAUUGUACAUCAACUACUUUUGUUCAGAAUUGUAACGUGGUCAGAUCUAAGUAAAUAACAACUGCGGUAUGUCUACUGGGCUAAUAACAGAGUUAAACAAGCUGAAUAGUUUGGAACGUGUAGCGAAAGAAUUGCACACGAAAGUCCAAUACUCGACACGAAAAGAAUUGUCGCCAUAUGUAGAGGGUGAUGACACCGUGGUUAAGCUGUUGAAUGAGAAUGCGAAACUUAAGCAUCGUCUUGCCAUAAUUAAUCAAGCAAUAGCCGAUGAGAAGAAGAAUAUGUCGCCAGAAACUGAUUCGGAUAAUACUCUCUUGAUAAUGGAUCAUUUGGAGAAGAUCUUUUCGGCAGCAAUUGCAGAAGCUUAUCCUCUAUACAGUAAAACUCCAGUUAUUAUUGCAGCUGUGAAUAAUGUGUCCGCCAAAUUCGGUGAUUACCAAUGCAAUAAUGCCAUGGGAUUAGCGAAGAAAAUGAAAGAAGCCGGCAUUAGCAUAUCACCGCGUGAUAUUGCCACUGAGAUCAAGAGAUGUUGCCCGGCUUCACCAUUAAUUGAUAAAAUCGAAGUUGCUGGUGCUGGCUUCGUGAACGUUUUCCUCAGCAAGCAACAUGCUGUAAGUGCCUUGACCACUAUGUUGCGUGAUGGUAUCAGUCCACCGAAUGUGCCCAAGAAACGCAUUCUCGUUGACUUUUCAUCGCCAAACAUUGCCAAGCAAAUGCAUGUUGGUCACUUGCGAUCAACGAUUAUUGGCGAAUCGAUUUGCCGCCUUCUUGAGUUUUUGCAACAUGAUGUGCUUCGCAUUAAUCACCUGGGCGAUUGGGGUACACAGUUCGGUAUGCUCAUUGCCCAUUUGGAAGAUCGGUUUCCCAACUUCAUUAAUGAGAGUCCACCAAUUGGAGAUUUACAAGCAUUUUACAAAGAGUCCAAAAAGCGAUUUGACGAUGAUGAGCACUUCAAAAAGCGGGCUUACCAGCACGUUGUCACUCUCCAAGCAGGUGAUCCAAAAUCAAUAAAGGCCUGGCAACUCAUAUGUGACGUUUCGCGACAGGAGUUCCAAAAGAUUUACAAUCGACUAGACGUCACGAUUGAGGAACGUGGCGAAUCAUUUUAUCAAUCGCGCAUGUUGUCUGUUGUCGAGUUUUUGCGAAGCAAGAAUCUCUUGGAGCACGACGAUGGCCGUGAAAUUAUGUGGCCGAAUGUUAAUAAAACUGGCAUACCGCUAACAAUAGUGAAAUCGGAUGGAGGAUUCACAUAUGAUACAUCAGAUAUGGCUGCAAUUAGACACCGCAUAGAAGAAGAAUGUGUUAACUGGAUCAUCUAUGUUGUGGAUUCUGGACAAAGCACGCACUUUAAUUCCAUAUUUGAAGCUGCUCAGCGUUGCGGCAUUGCUAAUCCGAACGAACAUCGUAUCGAUCAUGUGCAAUUCGGCGUUGUGUUGGGUGAAGAUGGCAAAAAAUUCAAGACUCGCUCUGGCGAUACCGUUAAAUUGUCUGAUUUACUCGACGAGGGAAUGAAAUGUUCUUUGAAACAGUUGCAGGACAGAGGUCGUGAUCAAAUACUAACACCACAGGAGUUGAGCGAUGCUCAAGAAUCAGUGGCAUAUGGUUGUAUCAAAUACGCUGAUCUUUGUCACAAUCGUAUUAGUGAUUAUGUGUUUUCAUUUGAGAAAAUGCUGGAUGAUAGAGGAAAUACUGCCGUAUAUUUACUGUACACAUACUCUCGUAUUUGUUCAAUUGCUCGCAGCUCUGGCGAAGAUUUCAGUAAUCCAGCAAAGAUAUUGGACGCAUUUAACAUUGUAUUGGAUCAUGAAAAGGAGUGGAAGCUUGCGAAAACAUUGCUCAAAUUCUUUGACAUCAUUAUCAAAUGUUCCAGUGGCUUGUAUCUUCACUUCCUCUGCGAAUUUUGUUAUGAAGUCUGCACUGCUUUCACCGAAUUCUAUGACAGUUGCUACUGCAUUGAAAAAGACAAGACAGGCAAAAUUGUUAAAGUUAAUCAUAGCCGCAUUUUACUAUGCGAAGCAACCGCCGCUGUUUUGCGACAAUGUUUUAAAAUUUUAGGCUUGAAGCCAGUUGCUAAAAUUUAAUCAGAACUUCAAAAGAAUGAAAUUGUCAAACCAGUAAUUGAAAAUAAUAAAUAUAUA